GUCUGCAUCAUGGCUUCCCGAGAAGGUCCGAGGGCGGCAGGCACAGACGGGAGCGACUUCCAGCACCGGGAGCGCGUGGCCUCUCACUACCAGAUGAGCGUCGCCUUGAAGUCUGAAAUCCGUAAGCUCAACAUGGUCCAUCUGCUGAUCUGGGUGCUGAUGGUGGCUCAGGUGACGGUGGGCCAGCUAAGCCUGGUGUCCCACAAGAUCGUGGCCUCCCCCUACCAGUGGGAGUACCCCUACCUCCUGAGCAUCAUCCCCACGGUCUUCAGCUUCUUGGCGUUGCCCCGCAACAACAUCAGCUACCAGGUGGUGUCCAUGAUCAGCGGCGGGCUGUUCUGCGUGGCGCCGCUCAUCUACGGCAGCAUGGAGAUGUUCCCGGUGGCGCAGCAGCUGUACCGGCACGGCAAAGCGUACCGCUUCAUCUUCGGCUUCCCCGCCGUCACCGUCAUGUACCUGGUGAUCGUGGUGGCCGUGCAGGUGCACGGCUGGCAGAUCUACUACAGCAAGAAGCUGCUGGAUCAGUGGUUCACCAGCACGCAGGACAAGAAGAAGAAGUGAACUGACCUCAAGAGAAAAGACUGCAGAGAAGUGUCGUCCAGAAUCAUUUUCUAUUUAAAAGUGCCGCCUUUUUCAUUAAUGUUUGUACCUCAUUGUAGGCACAAAGUGUAAACAGCCUGGGAUAAGUGGACGGAGGCCCUAGUAAGUCAAUAAGAAACUGCACUUGA